AAGUUCAUAUUCAUUUUAUUACAUUUACGACGAAGACGUUUUAAAAGAAGGAAGUGAAUCUGAAAUGUGAAUGAGGAAAAUGGAUUUAUUCUUUUUAUCUAUACUGGUUACCGUAUUCCAAGCUUCAUGGUCGUACUAUGUUUCAAAUUCAACACUGACAUGGUCAAGGAAAAGUGAUGAAUGCAAUACUCGUGUAGCGACACCUACCAUACAUUAUGGACACACAGACCUUAUCGUUGAUAUGAAUGGACAGACUACAGAACAAAAAGUCUGGGUUGGUUACUAUCAGCAAACUACCUUGUUUGAAUACAUAGGGUGCAUGAGUUCAGAGGACUUAAACAUAUCCAAAAUACAACUUGGUACAUCGAACAUCGGACGGUGCUAUUCUGCUUGUUCUAACACACCUUUUAUCGGGAUUGAUAGACAAAUGUGUUAUUGCAUGCAAGUUAAACCUGAGAAAGACAUGAGAAAGCUUGGCUGCAUUUCUGGGUGUUCUGAUACACACAAUGCUGCUUGUGGCGGAAACAAUUUCACGUCAGUGUACAGAAUACUACCUCACAACGACUCCAGACAAAUUCCUGAAAAACAAGAGUACAGCAAAAGCUGCCUUAUAGUACAUAUCAACAGCGAAAAAAAUAUUACGAGUGUGUAUGGAUGGAGACGGUGUUCCGUCAAUAUAUGGGUAUUUUGUACGUCUGAUUCAGACCAGUCAGUCAAAGUACACGAAGAAAAAAAAAGUUGGAGGGAUGCAGCGACAAUGUGUUUUCGAAAACAUGGUUAUCCGACUGGAUAUAAAGACGUUCGGAAUGCGACUUACGUGGGCAUAUACGGCUGGACAGGGAUCGUGUGGAGUGACGUUAUUUACAAAGAUACUGAUUUAGAAUACUCGAACAAUUCGUCAGACAUCAGUUAUGGGUAUUUAGAAUAUGAUAGCUCCGUGGGACAUGUUUUAAACUUUUCAAAAGAAGACACAAGAAAAUAUAUUCUCUGCAAUGGUAAGGGGUUUUAUUAAUAUGCUAAGCGUUUUGUUCGUAUAGAUCUAAUAAUUACGGUGGCAUAAAUUGACAUUCAUUUGCAUUUUUAUUUUCAUACAAAAAAACAAGCAAAAAAAUACG